UGCCAGUUCUGUGAGGUUCAAAGUGGAGAGUGAACUUGGAGCCUCUGUUUGACUGUGUCGGAAUGUAGUGAGGUUGGAGGCAGCGCGUCUCCCUUUCGUUUUCCACCGCGCACGGUGCCUUUAGGGCGCACUUGCGCAACACCAGGGAGAGCUGCGGAAAGUCUGUGCAUCUCGUUUUCUCACCUCUUGUACACGCAGCGAACUGCGAGGGAGGGGGGCGUGUGUGAGGAGGCGAGAGGGAAAUCCAUGACUUCCGCGUUUUUCCUCCCUGUCUGAAACUGAGUGCACAAUACAGUAGACUAUAAAAAGCGAUCAUGGUGCUUUCAGUCGCGACAUUCGCUUAAAGACUGGGCUGUGUGAUAUCAAGAGGACUAUCUUGUGGAGGUAAACCACCGAACACCUGGAGCUGCUCAACUUCCAAAGCUUCCAUUUGCACCACGAAGCCUUUUAUUCGCUGAACCCUUCAGACUGGGCGAAGCUCAGGUACCUACUGCCGAUUGAUGGGGAACCAAAAUAAAGAAAUGGACGUUGAGUCUCUCCAGAAGAGCGGGCGUCGGCGUGGAGGCUGCCUGGACAUUUUUUUCUUCAUAUCCAUCAUGUUUCUGUUUGUGGCGGUGACAGCUAUGGCUGCUGGGGGAGUGAUUGUUGUGAUGGAGCUGAGGUCCAAACUGGAGUCCUCGCCUCCGUCCUUUGAGUUUGAGACAUCAAAGCUGACAGGAGACACACCUUACCCAGCAUACAAGAUGCAGAACUUUGUCUAUCUGGAAGCCAGCUCAAGCGAGCUGAAGACCUCCACGAUGCACUGGGCUCCAGUCCACUAUGCAAAUGGGAUGUCUGUAGGAAGCAACUUCUUGUUUGACUCAGAGCAGAAUUCGCUGAAGCCCAAACGAGUGGGGACCUACUUCAUAUACAUUAAUCUCAACCUCACUUGUACCUACAACUGCAGCGCAGGCCUCCUCAGCGUGAGCGUGGACGAUAAACUCACUUGCGAGGUGGAGCUUCCGGAUGUGGUGGAUUCAACACCUGUGAGCAGGAAGUGCUGGACAGUGAGCUGGAUAAAUGGGGAGAGACUGCUCACUCAGAUGACUGUACCAGAGGCGGGACUGCAGAACUGGAAACUGGAGCUGAGCAGCUCAAGAUUCGGGAUGUUCCUCGUGGACUAACAGGGACACUGUAGUGCUGCUACUGUCAGCAAGGUGCAGAUCUGCCCGUGACCUGUUGGUUGUCACUAAGAACAACACCAGUUUGUGUUUUCCUAAAGUCCAAGUAGGUGAAAAUGGGCAGGCGCUGGUGCCAUUUUCAAAGCUAUGACUGAAGGUGUAAGACAUUGAACCUCAGCAAGAUUUUAAGGUGGAAUCUGAAGAGAAGUUGCAUUUAUGAAAAUGCAAACAUCAUAUGGAAAAACUAAACACCUCAUUCUGUAUAAAUAUGUAUAUAUGUUACUCUGUAUAUGAAAUAUUUAUUUGAUGAUAUGGAACUAUUUAUGUACUUAUAUUUAUAAAGGUGUUGCUAUUAUUGUUAUUUAUAGACAUUUAUUUUGAUGUAGAUAUCACUACAUUGGUGCUGAUGUGCAAUACACUGCAAGUUUAAUCAGCCUACAUUGGGUUAGAUGUGACUAUAGCUCUGUUUGGGUGGGGGGGAUUAAGUUGAGGCUCACAAAAAUGUUUGAUUAUAAUUCUACUCCAAAACCCCAAACAAGCUCAGGGACCUCAUUUAGAUCUGCUGUAGUUAAGUUGAGUCUUUUCAUCUCCUCUGGCAAAUAGUGAGUAACACUCUGCACUUAAAAUAACUUUACAGAAACACAGUCCCAUAAAAAUGAUCCUUUUGUAAUCAAAACAUGACCAGAAUUACUAAAAUAUCUUGUGGACUCAUGAAUUGAGAAAAUGUUUUGUUUUUGAAAAAAUAUGUAAGUCCUAUGGACAAACUACACAUUAUUGAAUGUAUUUUAUUGCAAUCCAUAUUAAACUUGGAUAUGAUGAA